UUUUGACUGCAUUUAGGACAAAACUUUUGUUCCUUGCAUUGGGAAGACCGGAAGAGGGAGUAUUAUUAACGGAUAGACGCGGCGAGGUUGCGGUUGGACGGUAAAAAAUAGUUAUAUUUUAAUCUUCAAUUAAUUCUCCAAUAUUUCUUCUUCGUGAGCUGCGAGUCUCUGUGACGGCGUCUUUCACAGAGAGAAGGCCGAUUCAACUGUCCGUUUCUGAAUCUAUACCUGACGGGAUGAUGAAGAGGAAGAAGAGGGCAGAGGAACGGGGAGAUUGGUGCAAAAAAGGGGCGCAAGUUGAAGUCAGCCUGGAAGACGACGGUUUCCGAGGCUCCUGGUACGCCGCCACCGUCCUCCGCACGAUUUCCCGGAAGAACAACAAGAUCUUCCUGGAGUUCCACAACCUCGUCGACGACGCUGACCCCGCCAAGCCCCUCCACCAGUCCGUCCACUUCAUCCUCGUCCGCCCCGUCCCCCCACGCGAGCCCACGCGCUCCUUCCGGCUCAGCGAAGAGGUCGACGCUUUCCACGUCGACGGCUGGUGGGAGGGCGUGGUCACUGAAGUUCUAGAUUCUUCCAGAUACUCCGUCUUCUUCCGCUGCUCCCGCGAGCAGAUUCAGUUCCACGAGUCGCAGCUCCGCCUCCACCGCGAGUGGUUCCACCGCCAUUGGGUCCCUUCCUUCCCCGAUCCUCCUCUUCCUUCCUCUUAAUUAGUUACUGGUGGACGUAGCUCAACUGGUACAUAGAAGGAGUAAGUCUCGAUUUGAAUCCUGUCAACUGCAAUGAGAGGUUAAUAUGCUAAAAAUGCAUUGGGCAUCCGCAAGUACCAGACCUAGAGUCUCACUCUCUAUCUACCAGCUUGUGAUUAAAAUCCAACUUACGUCCUCCCAUCUAAUUUUCCGGGUGUAGUUUUUUUGUUUUCUUUGCAGUAUUGUGUCAUCAGGUGGGGCUUAUUUUUGUGAUGACUGCAUGGACUGGAUUUUAAGUGGUACAACUGUAGUUCAACACUCAACUUGUGUACUUUUUUGUUAAAGAUGUUUUUUGACCCCUAGUGAUUGGUCCCAGGAGCAUGUAUGUAGGCAAAAUAUAUAGACAGCACCUCAACAAGCACCUUAACAUGCUCCUCAUUGAUCCACAUCUCCAUAUGCGUAUAUUUAUGUUAAAUUUUAUACUUUGGAUUCAGUGUUGAUGAUGUAUUUGUUGUUGACUUGAUAGUUGCGAU